AUGAAAACGCGUGCUGCUGUUAUGUAUGAACAUAACCAACCGGUCGUCGUUGAGGAACUUGAAUUAGAUGAACCCAAGGCAAACGAGGUGCUCAUUCGGACUGCGGCGAGUGGUGUCUGCCACUCUGAUUUGUCGGUCGUUACUGGGGCUAUCUAUUACGAUGCUGCUGUGGCGCUCGGGCAUGAAGGCGCAGGCAUUAUUGAGCGCGUUGGGGACGAUGUAACCGGGUUUAGUCCCGGCGACCAUGUGAUCUUGUCUUUCGUCAGUUAUUGUGGUAGUUGUCGCAUGUGUGAGAUGGAAAAAGUCUGUCUGUGCGAGAGUUACGAUGUCCCGCGCGGCUUUCAGUUGGAUGGCACCUAUCGCCUCCGUAACAGUUCGGGAGAUGGCAUCCUACAGAUGGCGAGGAUUGCGACGAUGUCCGAGUACAUGGUUGUCCCAAAACAAAAUCUCGUCAAAAUUGAUGAACACUAUUCAUUAGAGAAAGCAGCACUCGUGGGCUGUGGCGUAACAACAGGUGUUGGCGCGGUCCUGAAUACGUGCGAAGGUGGAGCCCGGAAGCUCCGUAGCGGUCAUAGGGACCGGGGUGGCGUCGGUUUGAACGCUAUUCAAGGUGCGGUGCUUGCGCAAGCGGAACGGAUUAUCGCCGUUGAUAUCGCCGAGAAGAAGCUCAACUUUGCAAAAAGUUUUGGAGCAACGGAUGUCGUCAACGCUUCGGUAUAUGAUCCCGUUGAAGCGGUGCGUGAGUUGACCGCGGGGCUCGGUGUAGACUACGCCUUUGAAGUGAUCGGGAAUCCCAAAACUAUUGUGCAAGCUUACAAUAUGGUCCGUGCGGCGGGUACUGCCGUUAUUGUCGGGAUGGCACACCAUCAAUCGGAUGUUAGUAUUCCUGCGCAACACCUUGUCUCAACGGAAAGACGGCUGAUCGGUUCGUUUUACGGCUCAUGCCAGCCCAAGGUGGAUAUGCCGAAGCUUCUCGGUCUAUAUACGGAAGGCAAGUUGAAGUUAGAUGAAUUGAUUACACAACACUAUCGGCUUGAUCAGAUUAAUGAGGCGUUUGCGGACAUGGAAGCGGGCGAAAACGCCCGUGGCGUUAUCCUUUUUAAUUAG